AUGCCUUUCAGUACCUUUUCUUCCUCGAGCUUUAUGUGGCCGGGGUAUAGGCUGUUGGCUGUUUUCUUCUUGACAGAGCUGUUUAAAUAUAAUCCUCUGAUUAUAAUUCUUUUAUUUAAUUUUAUAUAUUAG